GUCACUAGUGUGCGCCGAAGGAAGGCUCAUCGGCCUCAUGGCGGCGGGGUCCUGUGAGGCCCCGCCAGCGAAGGCGGCCUCUGAAGGGCUAGGCGUAGGACCGGCCGGCGUUCUGCCCUGCCUCGAGCUGCCGACUUAUGCUGCCGCUUGUGCGCUGGUGAACAGCCGCUACUCGUGCCUUGUGGCCGGGCCGCACCGGAGGCACCUGGCCUUGUCGCCCCGCUACCUGAACCGGAAACGCACCGGCAUCCGGGAGCAGCUGGAUGCCGAGCUCCUUCGCUAUUCCGAGAGCCUUUUAGGUGUCCCUAUUGCGUAUGAUAAUAUCAAAGUUGUGGGUGAACUGGGAGAUAUUUAUGAUGAUCAAGGACACAUUCAUCUUAACAUUGAAGCAGAUUUUGUUGUUUUCUGCCCUGAACCAGGGCAAAAGCUUAUGGGUAUAGUUAAUAAAGUAUCUUCUAGCCACAUUGGCUGUCUUGUACAUGGAUGUUUUAAUGCCUCCAUCCCUAAGCCUGAACAGAUGUCAGCUGAGCAGUGGCACACUGUGGAAAUAAACGUGGGUGAUGAACUGGAAUUUGAAGUCUUUCGUUUAGACUCAGAUGCUGCUGGAGUAUUUUGCAUUCGAGGAAAACUAAAUAUUACUAGUUUACAAUCCAAGAGCUUUGAAAUUUCUGAAGAAGUAGCAGAAACUGUCACAGAGGAAGCUGUUGAUAUACUUCCAAAGAAGAAAAAGAAAAAGAAGAAAGCCCCAGAAACAGAUGAAGUGGAUGGUAGCAUCACAGAGCUAGCAGAUUUAGUAGAUGUGACUCCACAGGACGAGGCAGACCUGCAGAUUAGUAAUAAUGUGAAUAAUCUCUGUGAGGAAGAGCCAAAGAAGAAGAAGAAAAAGAAGAAAAAGCAACAGGAGUAUGAGGAUCAGGACCCUGUUUUCCAGGGUAGUGACUCCAGUGGUUACCAAAGUGACCAUAAAAAGAAAAAGAAGAAAAGGAAACACAGUGAAGAGGCUGAACUCUCCCCAGUUCUGGAAUGCUCACCUAAGAAGAAAAGAAAAAAGUAAUUUUCUUUAGGGCAUUUUAAAUAUAACAUUCAUCAAGAUUUAUACAGAAAAGAUAAAUGUUUUGAAUGAUAGUGAAGUGCUUAUGUGUGCCAAUAGUUUAUAAAACAGGGAAUACUCGAGUCGGAGGGUUUUUGCGCUAAAGUCACAGAACUGAGUAUAAAUUAGUUUGGGUAAUAGCAGUAUUAAAAGUACCAUUUUAUUGUGUAUAGAAGAUGAUAUAUGCUACUCUCAUUCUUAAUUCUUAUGUUCUUCCAGAUGUUAUACUGCAUACAAUUGUUUUAUACCUCGUCAUUAGCGAAAGGGCUUUAUGGAAUAAGUAUUGUUUUCCUGGUAAUGGGUUUUGUCUUCAAUCAAACAUUGUUUUUAGUUUGCUUUUUUUAAAAGCUUGGUACAUGUUUCAGUUUUUAGGUUUCUUUUAUCAUAUCUAUGGUGUUCCUGUUGUUUAGAUAACUAAUGAAAUGUUCAACAAAUAUUCAACUCAGUAUAUCAUUGGCUCCCCUUCCAAAAACAAAAUAGAAAGACAUUUGGUCUAAAUUGUUUCUUCUGUCUCUACCUUGGCAGGAAUAGAUGACUUCAUGGUAUUGUUUUGUCUUCUACUUCUUUCAAAUAAAUGUUUGGUACACUGGAUCAUCUUAAAGCUAAA